ACCUUGUCCGUUCAUCAAGUUUACUCUAAAAUACAUCUUUGUGAAAGUUGUUAGCAUAACCUUAAAUAAGGAAGAAGAAGAUUAACCUAUAAAAGUCAAAUUUAAAAGUAAUUAUGAUUUUGUUCUAAUUUUUAGCUAAAUAAAAGCAGAAAUAAUGGCGUUAAAUGUGGAUCAGUGCGAUAUUUUGCUAAGUGUUCUGGAUGUUGCAAAUGUAAGAAAUCAUACUUUAGACUUUCUUGCAAAUGAAAUUAAGAAGAAAUUUGACUCUACUGACUAUUUUAAGGUUGGGUCAUGUCUUGUAAUGUUAUUACAGCAAGAUUUGCUCCCUGAAAUUGACCAAAGACUUGCUGCUAUUACUUUAUUGCAUGAAUUGUACCGUGGAGAACCUUUGGCUAACACUCCUUUUGCUGGGGUGUUCAUACAUUUACUGUACCCCCCUGAACACCAAAGCAAUGUGGGGGCCCCCAAAUUGGAAUACCCAGGACAAUUGCCAAGGUUAAUGAAUUCAGAAAAGUUUUUUGUCACACAGUUGAUAUCUGAUGUUCCUAAAGAUGCAAUUCUAAAAAAAACUGCCAUCCAAAUUAUAAAUUCAGACUGCCCUGUGCAACAAAAUUUUGAUUUUUCUUCUAUACAAUUGACUUUAGCCGAAAAACAGUCAGAAUUACCACAAACAUGUAAAAGUGGCAUUCCAGUUUUAAUAAGUUUUCCUGAGAAAAAUGUUAACAGUUACAUUACAGAUACAACUCAAACUGACUUGCUAAUUAAAAAAAUCGUUACUGGUGAAGAAGCCCCUAUUAAUAAAAUAUACAAACCGGAAUUUGUAACACUAGCACCCCCUUUAUUAAACUGCGACGAUGAGUUGGUAUGGCUGAAUCCCUCCUGGCCCAAGGAGCACGUGAUUGCCUACGACUCGACAAUGUUAGUGCCGGACACGGCGGGCCUGGAAGCAAAACAAUUAAUGAGCAAAGCUUACAAAUCCGCCCUCUCAUUGGUCCAGCAGCAGCAGCUGAUCAAUGAGCUGACCAAUGACAGCAAAUUGGUGUACCAUAUAGGUCUAACACCCUCUAAAUUGCCGGAAUUGGUGGAAAACAAUCCGAUAAUAGCAAUUGAGGUUUUAUUGAAGUUAAUGCAGUCAAAACAAAUUACUGAGUAUUUCAGUGUUUUGGUUAAUAUGGAGAUGUCACUGCAUUCAAUGGAAGUUGUUAAUAGGCUAACUACUACAGUGGAUUUACCUACAGAGUUUGUGCAUUUGUAUAUUUCGAAUUGUAUUUCUACUUGUGAGACUAUUAAAGACAGGUAUAUGCAGAAUAGAUUGGUCAGAUUGGUUUGCGUUUUUCUGCAGUCCUUAAUAAGGAAUAAAAUUAUAAAUGUUCAGGAAUUAUUUAUCGAAGUUCAAGCAUUUUGCAUAGAAUUUAGCCGAAUCAGGGAAGCAGCCGCACUUUUUAGACUUUUAAAACAAUUGGAGUCUGGAGAAAUAGGCAUAACGUCUUCCCCCACCUCAAAAAACAAACUAGAUGGAUGACAAAAACUGACAAAGGUUGACUGACCUGGACAAUGGAAAAAUACUCUUCUUGCUAACACUGAUUAAUUUUCAUUGUAUUUUUUCUUUUUUUUUCUUAAGAAGUUUUUCUGUAAUCCACUGAAUGACCCCUUAAGAGUGCCAAUGAUGUGUAAAGAUAGGUUAUCGUGACGUAUGAAAAAAUGACUACUAAAAAAUUUCCAAAUUAAUUCGUAGAAUUGAUGGUAAACAUGCGAUAUAGUGUAAAUUUUGUAUUAAAUUUAUACAAGUUAAUUAUAAUUGUAUAGUAUAACAU